AUGUUCAAAACAAUUAUCGCUUAAAUUAAAAAUAUGUUGAUGAUACUGAAAACUUUUAAGUUGUCUAAGUCCCUAGUACAUUUAUUAUAUGUAUUACUAAUUAUUACUACUGUUAUUAGCUACCAAAUUAAAGACGAAACGGACAAUCCAAGUGAUAUUGAUGAUGAAAAUAAUAACCCAGAUGAAGAUAUUCGAGGCGACCGUAAUCAUAUUGAAUCAAAUGAUAAUAAUCCAACAGGAAAUAACGAAUAUAUGAAUAAUGAACUUAUAAAAAACGUUUUUAGUAGGAUGGGUUCAAAGGGAAAAAAACCUUCUCAAAUAGGAUCAAGUGGAGCAGAUGCUGUUGAAGAUCAGCAACCAGAAGAAGAAAUAGAAAACGAUCCAACUAGAAUUUCACUUGGUUUAGAUUCUGAACCAGAAAACACUGAAGGCACUGACUUUAAAGAAGCAAACUUCGAAAAUAUUGAAGAUGAAAAACCAAAAAAAAAGAAAAAGAGGUCGAAGAAGAAAAGUAAGAAUCAAAAACAAAAAAAAACUGAAGAUGAUGAAACUGAAUUAAUCGAAAUGAAUACUAAUGGAAUUAAUGAUUUAGACCAUGAAGAAAAAGAUAUACGUGGAUCAGAUAAUAUUAAAGAUCAGCAACCAGAAGAAGAAAUAGAAAACGAUCCAACUAGAAUUUCACUUGGUUUAGAUUCUGAUCCAGAAAACACUGAAGGCACUGACUUUAAAGAAGCAAACGUCGAAAAUAUUGAAGAUGAAAAACCAAAAAAAAAGAAAAAGAGGUCGAAGAAGAAAAGUAAGAAUCGAAAACAAAAAAAAACUGAAGAUGAUGAAACUGAAUUAAUCGAAAUGAAUACUAAUGGAAUUAAUGAUUUAGACCAUGAAGAAAAAGAUAUACGUGGAUCAGAUAAUAUUAAAGAUCAGCAACAAGAACUUGAUAAAGAAAACGAUCCAACUGAAAUGCUACUCGGCUUAAGCAAUGGAAGAGAAGCUGAACUAGAUAAGGAAAAAACAGAAAUAAAUUUACAAAAAGAAAAAACUGAUGUAAUAUUAGCUGAAUCCAAAGCCACUGAAAGUGAUAAUAUAGAGUCAACAAUAGAACAAACAUCCAAAUCAUCCGAUCCUGAGAAAAAUCCCAUUGACGAUAUUAAAGAAGAUACAACAAAAAAUACAAUUACGGAAAUUGAUCAAAAGGACUUAACAAUAUCUUCACUGGAGAAUGUUGGAAUUGUAAAAAUUAAAAACAGUGAUAAUGCAACUAGCGAGGCAAUAAGAAAAAAAAAAAAAAAAACGAAAUUUAGAGAAUUCACACAUUCAGGAGGAAAUGCACGCAUAUAUUGUACAUUUUUGGGAGACAUGUUAAAAAUGUACAACAAAGUAAAAAAACGUUUUGUCGGACACUUUUGUCAUGCAAUUGUUGUUGGCACUCCAAUUAUCUUAAGACAAAAUCAAGUACACUUAAGCAAUAACAUGAAAAAUCAGCUGAAUAAAAUAGAACCACAUAAACAAGAAAGUCUUCUUAUCGUCAUCAUGAAAUUUUCAAGCUAUAGAGAUUGGAAACAUGCGUUAAAAAAAGCUAACAGCAGACACUUAAUUACAAAUAUAAUACAUAUGGUCAAAACUUAUAAAAUCGAUGGAAUACAAUUUUCAAAUUUACAACCAAUAGCGGGGAAAGAUCCAGACGAUUCAGUGGAUACACACAUGAUGAAUAAUCUAUUAAAAUUCUUUGAAAAAUUACUAAAUAUUGCAAGAAAUAAUCAUAAUUAUGAUUUAAAAAUUGGCAUAACCAUUCAUUUGAACAGUCAGUGGAUCACAUCAAGUUUCAAUUCAUUCGAUGUAUUAAAUAAACUAGUCACUUGGUAUACAUACGAAACAAUUUCCAUGGUAACAUGUUCACCGGAAUACAAAGAUACAGGGACUUCUCCAUUAGAAGGAGACGUGAGCUUGAUGAAUGCAUAUAAUACAUUAACGGAUACCGACAUUCAAAUGUCAAAAGUUGUAGUUGGUAUACAAUUAUUUCCAAAUAAAGUUAAUGAAUUAGAACCAUUAACAUAUGAAGAGUUAUGUUCAACACCAAAGGACACAUGGAACGAAUGGUGUGCUGCACACCCUGAAAAACUUCGGUUAAAGGGUAUGUUUUUACGGAAUAAUGAAAUCGGAGGCGUCCAACUAUUUUACAUGCACUCAGACGAUUACAGGUCAACAUGCGGCUGUUAUUCUUUCCCGUUGACUCGAGCACUUCUUCGUGGCUUGAUUAACACUCAAGCGGAAGAACAGUGUGAUUUUAAUACGGCACACAACUAAAUAGUAAAUACCCGCAAUAAAAUCAAGAACCAUUAUAAUAAUAUUAAUAUCGUUUUCCUCAUUAGUACAUUAUUUGUAAUUAUUUUUUAGGCACUUGGGGUAUGAAUAUUUUGAUAUUUUAUAUAUUAUUAUUAUUAAAUGAAUGUCUUCUAUAACAAACGCGGGUUCAUACGACACAUUCGUUCAUUUUAAUUAGCUAAACGUUUUGUUCUCAUUUCAUAAUAUUACAAUUGUAUAAUUAUUGUUUUAACAUGCGUAAAAUACAAUAAUAAUGAAUAUAUUUUAUUAA